AUCGCUUUCCCUUGCCGUCUCAUCUCGGAUCCCAGACCCAGGAAGCGCCACCACCAUUUCGGAUCCGGGUCCGAUUGCGGGUCCGGAACUCCCGCCCGCUCCUGGCCGGCGAUCGCCGCCGCCGCUGCCGCCGCCGGAGCCAUGAAGCGCGCGCGCAGCUCUGAGGUCUUCCUCGGCGGCCGGUUGCGUGCACGCCGGCGCCUGGCGCCUCUACUUGCCGCGGCGGCGUUCGCGUACCUACUGUUCGUGUCUGUUAAGCUCGCCGGCCUCGGCAGCGCGGGCCCCGCGGCGGUUGUCAGCACGGUGCCCGCCGCUAGCGGGGGCGAGCCACUGCGUCGGCAGGUUGAGGAGCCGGCGCCCCCCACGCGCGCACGAGCCGCUGCGGGCGGUGGUGUGGCCGGGUACGGCCGCAUUACCGGCGAGAUCCUCCGGCGGUACGAGGCCAUCGGGGAGCGGGGGAACUUCACGGAGCUCGAGCGCAUGGCCGCCGAGGCGUGGACGCUCGGCGCCAGGGCGUGGGAGGAGGCGUCCGCGUUCACCGGCGACGUGGAGGAGUCCAUCGUCUCCCGCGACGGCGGGGGAACCAAGUGCCCCGGCUCGAUCGCCCUCGGAGGGGAGACGGCGGCGUUCCUGCCGUGCGGGCUGGCGGCGGGGUCGGCGGUGACGGUGGUGGGGACGGCGCGGGCGGCGCGGCCGGAGUACGUCGAGGCGCUGGAGCGGAGGGGCGUCGGGAACGGGACGGUGUUGGUGGCGCAGUUCGCGGUGGAGUUGCGCGGGCUGCGCGCCGCCGACGGCGAGGAGCCGCCCAGGAUCCUCCACCUCAACCCGCGCCUGCGUGGCGACUGGAGCGGGCGCCCCGUGCUGGAGAUGAACACCUGCUUCCGAAUGCAGUGGGGCACGGCGCAGCGCUGCGACGGCACCCCUUCCAAGGACGAUGGCCAUGUCGAUGGGCUAAAAAAAUGUGAGAAAUGGGAGCGGCGGGACUCGUUUAAUCCGAACGAAACAAAGACAAGCUCAUGGUUGAACAGGUUCAUUGGCCGAGCAAAGAAACCAGAGAUGACAUGGCCAUUCCCAUUUUCAGAGGGGAAGAUGUUUGUUCUCACUAUCCAAGCUGGUGUUGAAGGAUACCAUAUUAACGUUGGAGGCCGCCAUGUUGCCUCAUUUCCUCAUAGGAUGGGAUUUGCUCUUGAAGACGCCACAGGCUUAGCUGUAACCGGGGGCAUAGAUGUUCACUCUGUGUAUGCAACCGCCCUUCCAAGGGCCCAUCCUAGUUUUUCUCUCCAGCAGGUCUUGGAAAUGUCCGAUAGGUGGACGGCUCGCCCUGUGCCACAGGAACCAAUUCAGCUUUUUAUUGGCAUCCUCUCAGCUACAAACCAUUUCGCUGAGCGCAUGGCUAUUAGAAAAACCUGGAUGCAGUUUCCUGCCAUCCAAUUGGGAAAUGUGGUUGCUCGAUUCUUUGUUGCUCUGAGCCAUAGAAAGGAGAUAAAUGCAGCACUAAAGAAGGAAGCGGAAUAUUUUGGAGACAUAGUCAUUCUGCCAUUUAUCGACCGGUAUGAGCUGGUGGUUCUGAAAACAGUUGCGAUAUGUCAAUAUGGGGUGCAAAAUAUUACUGCAGAUUAUAUCAUGAAGUGCGAUGAUGACACCUUUGUGAGGCUGGAUAUAAUACUGCAACAAAUUUCUACCUACAACAAAAGCUUACCUCUUUAUCUGGGCAACUUAAAUCUCUUACACAGGCCUCUAAGACAUGGCAAAUGGGCUGUGAGCUAUGAGGAAUGGCCUGAAGCAGUGUAUCCCCCAUACGCCAAUGGACCUGGCUAUGUUCUAUCGAUCGGCAUUGCUAGAGAUAUAGCAUCCCGGCAUGCAAACCACUCCCUGAGGCUGUUCAAGAUGGAAGAUGUGAGCAUGGGCAUGUGGGUCGAGGACUACAACGCCACUGCCCCUGUGCAGUACGUCCACAGCUGGAAGUUCUGUCAAUACGGCUGCGUAGAUAACUACUUCACUGCGCAUUACCAGUCUCCCAGGCAGAUGCUGUGCCUCUGGGAUAAACUGUCGACUGGGCGAGCACACUGCUGUAACUACAGAUAACACGAAGCCCCAGGGGUUUCAGUGGAACAAAUGGCGGUUCAGGAGACAUCCUUCAUCACACGAUCAUGUAGAGCAGGCAGGUGGAUGGAUCAGGAUCUCCAUUUCAUUCGCUUGGCUUCAGUUCUAUCUACUCGACCAUCUCGACAUUGCAAGUUCUUCAAUCAUGACACUGAGAUAUAUAGGUGUGACCAACUGCUUCACCUUCAUUGAGGUGAAUGCAAACAUGUGGGAGGAGUAGGAGUGAGCGGGAAUCCACACUGGUUGCUUGUACAGGGGUGUCCACUUGUAGAACUGCAAAUCUGUAUCCACUGAUGGUGUGCAGUUUAAAUGGAGGAAGAAACGGUUGCCAUGCCUGUGUAAUCUUGUCCAGAAUGGGUGUGUGGUUGUGUCGCUGUGUUGGGGACAGACUUGUUGUCACCUUGACACUGCGGUCAUGUUGUGCACUGACUGUUCCAGCAGUUUAGCUGACUCAACUACAGAAACAUCCUCCACUGGUA